AUGGAUUUAAACAGAAACUGGUUACGAUGGAAAAUUGCAAUAGGUGGGCCAAACGGCAUUGUACUUGAUUUUCCAUCGUUUUUAGUGGGUUGCAUGUUUACAACAAUGAUUGGGCCACUUUUACAAAAACUCAUAGGUAGGCUUUUAGUAGGUUUGGUAUCCGUAAUCAAAUUUCUCCUUAUUAUUGGAAGCAUUGUCUUUAUUACUGGUGUGGUAUCAAACAAAUACACUUACGAUGAUUUCAAAAUAAGUAUAAGAAAAUCUGGAGAAGAAGUGACUGAACCAAUCAAAACAGCGAAGAAGAAGACUAUGCCAAUGGAAAAAGAUGAUACCGUAGGAUCUUUUAAUUACUUUGAAAUCCCCAUAACAAAGGAAGUACCAACAAUUCCUUAUAUUGACGGUGGUACAAGGGCUCUUAAAAAUCCACCCAAGGAUCCUUUAACAACGAUUCCUUAUAUUGGCAGUGGCACAAAGGCUUGUAAAAACCCUCCUAAGGAUGCAUCGAGAGCAGCUUUAUCUAACUCGAAUAGGUACGAAAACUUUAUAAACAUGGCGCAACAUAAGUAG